CCAAUCUCCGCCCAAACCCCAACACACUAGCUUUUUCUUUCUCUCUGUCUCUCAAACAAGCCAAACCAGAGUGGUUCAUGGAAUUUGAUUUUGUCAAACCUAUUUGGGGUGUGUAUGGUUUCCAUUUAUUCAUAAUAACACACCCAAAGAUCUCUUCAAGCAUAUGUAUGGCAACACUGAAAUCCCAACAUAUGCUAUUAUUUCUUGCCCUCUUUCUCAUCUCCUCAUCAAUCCUUCCUCAAGCAUCCCUAUCUUCUAUCCAUCCUAAUACAAACACAGCCAUGAAGUCACCACCACCACCACCCUCUACAACCGAGUUGCACCCGAGCCGAAAGAGACUCCCGGGCUCUUUCCGUAAUCCUUCUUCUUCUACACAGAAGCCACCGGAUUACGGAGCCAGCUAUCAUGAAGUCCCCGGCGGCCACAAUCCAGCAAGCAACCGCCGGUAAGUCCAAUAUCAGCUGAGAUGAAGAGAGAUCAAAGUUAUUACGGCAGACCGAGCAGAUCUGUCACGUUAUAUAUAUAGAGUACGGUUUCGAUUACAGAGCUUUUAUACAUUUGAUUUUCACUCUUAUAUUUAAGAGUUUUAUAUGAUGACAGAAAAAAAUCACAUAAUUAAUUACCAAUUUGUCAUCAUUUCAUUCAUCUUUUUUUACUAUGUUGGCACUUUUUAAACGACUGCUUGUAACUAUUGUUACUUUGGUAUAUAUACAGAUAUACAGAUAUGGUAAAAAGAAGAUAGAAGGGUAAAUUGGCUGUCAAAAAAGGGGUAAAUUGGGGUUUGCAUGUAACCUAUAGGGUCAUGUUCUUCUUUUUAAGUUUUGCUUUUUGGAUACGUGUGGUAUAUUUGUAAUCAGCUGUUAUCUGUGUGUGAUGAGUGGAUACAUCAACCCAAUAAAUCAUGAUUUAUUUAUUUGUUGCUUAUUAAUAAGGUCGUAAAUAAACAAAUAAAUGUCUCUAAAUAUGAAUUGGCAAUGAAUUAAUUAAUUACACCAAUAAGGGUUCUCAGAUAUCCGGAGAAUAGUUUAAUUUCUGUACCGUACGGAAGAGUGCCUGAGAAGGGCAGGAGCAAACGUUUGGAACAAACAAAGAAUCCAAUCUGGCAGCCUAAAAUCGCCAGGCAGAGAAUCUAUAUCCAUCAUCGUGAGGCCUUUAUUUGAUCGAAGGUUAACUUUGUAAAACAUUUGCUUAGAAAGGUAUGUUGUAUGUUCCUUUUUAUUUAGUCUAACACUAUUUUUCAAGUCAAUGACGUUAAAAUUAUAUAUUCAUACAUUGUAAUAUUUUUCUUGAAGAAUUUAUACACGAUAAUAUUGUAUGAAUUUAUUAUGUUUCACAUAAAUAUACUCUGUAUUAAUUAGAAUAAUGGAUCAAAGUUUAUCAUUUUUUAUGGGAAAAAGCAAAAAUGACUUUGAUAAAAAAGAUAAAGGUAAUAUGCAAAAUAAAUGGAGAGGGUGGUAGAGAAUUUUAUUUUGAUACCCAAAACUUUUUUGGGAUUCGACACCUACGAGGCCUAUGUCUUCCCGUGACUAUUCAACAGGCAAAAGAAAAUUGCAUUGGCCCCUCAACUUCAGCAAAGUUGCAAGUGGGGUUGUCGUUCCAUGACUUUUCUCCAUUUGUAUAUUCUGAUUCCCGAUUACUCCGUAAUAAAGUUCGUGUGUAAUAAGCAGAAAAAGUACGGUUAUAGUUACUUUUUUGACUGUAUUGGCUGAAAUUACUGUAGAUGACUAUUUUGACAAUUUUUACACAUAAUUUUUUUCUUAAUAAAUUUCAGCAUAAUCAGUUAAAUCAGUCGAUUUUUAUGCUACCAAACGGGUUCAAAAUCUUAUGACUAAUAAAUACCCGUAUAACUUAUUAGUAUAGAUUAUAGUUUUAUUGAAUUUUUCAUAACGUGACUUCGCUUCUAUUUCCAUCAUAGGCUUGUAUUGUACUAUUGUAGGGUCCACUGUGAUCCACUUUUUGAAAUGAUAUGAUUAAUUAAGCUAACUCACCCUAAUCAAAUUAUGAAUCAUAGAGCAAAAUCUAUAUACUUGUGUGUCUCAAUUCUUUUUUCGUGUUGAACUAACAUGUAAAUUAUAACAAAGUGAUGUUUAAGUUUAUGUGCUAAGGGAAAUAAUUCAUAUAUUUAAUCUUUUUACCAUAUUCACAUACUUUACUAUAUUUAUUAAUAUAUCCAAUAAAAUUAUUAUUUCAAAAAUCAUAUUAACUUUUCUUUAAAAAACAGAAUAUGCUUUUAAUACAUUUUAAUUUACUAAUAGCCAAUAGAAAUCAGUGGUUAAACUCGUGCUUUAGACAUAUGAAAACAGAUGUAGUAAGCAAGAAUUUAAUUUUUUUUAGCGUAAAACCUGUUUAUCUCAUUCUAGCGUAAAAUCGGUUAAUUGCACUAAUUAUGAAAAGUACUUAUUAUAUAUUUAAAAUAUAUUUUAUCGAUAAAUAUAUUCAAAAAUUACAUAAAAAUAGUUAAAAAGCCGUUUUUGUUUGUAAAUCCCGUUAACAGACAAAAUAUAUCUUAUUUUAUUUGUUAACAAGAUUCACUGACAACAAAAUGCUCACAAACAUUGGUUGAUAUAAAAAUGGGUAGAAAAAAAAAAUGGGUAGAAACGUUUUUGGAAGUGUAGUUCGACCUAAUCUUAGCUUGGACCAGACUUUCGUGCUUGGCCAGGAAAAACAUGGUCAAGGCAUGAAUUCUGUUGGUUUUAACUUUGCCUUUUUGUCUUCUCGAUUGCACACAACUCAAUAAAGCAAGGAAUCAUACCAAUAUCAUUUGACUAUUAAGAUAUGCCUAGAUCUGUCCUCAUUAGCUAAUUCCACUCCUAAGCUUUGGAAAGUCCGUGACUAGGCCCAUUAACAAAUCUUUCGUGAUCUACGUCUACUACGGAGUAUUUCAUACGGAGUACUAUACGACAUUAUAGUAGCAAUUUGGCAAUUUAAUAGGGAGCCGCUGCAUUCAUCGAGCAAAAAGAAAAAUCAUCUAAGCCUAC